GGGGCUACGGAAGCCUACUCAUUAUACACAUUACGGAAGAGUUUGGCGCUAUACAGAAGCAUGGUUGCAUGAGUUUAAAUAUUUGCCUGCAGUAUUCAGUAUCGCAGCGAAAAGUAUGUUUGGCUAAUCGAAUUACGUAUGUAGAAUAUUUUUUACAUUUGCGAUUAUACAGCACUGGCAGUUUCGAGACCCCCGCGUAAUUUUUGAAUUAAGUAAUACCAACAAGGUCAUAAGCUGUCGGGGCAGUGUUUGGUAACGAAAUUAAACGUGCCAUUUAAGUUACCGAGCUUCUAUGAUGGCUGGGCUCAUUAACUUUGAGGAUGAAAAAGAGGUAAAGCAGUUUUUAGACAAUUUAGGAGUGGAAUACAGUUUUCAGUGCUACAAAGAAAAGGAUCCUGAAGGGUGUCAGCGACUGGCUGAUUAUUUGGAAGGGGUGAAGAAAAAUUAUGAAGCUACAGCACAAGUGCUCAAACACACCUGCGAAACUUAUGGACAUGGAGAAAGUUGCUAUAAACUUGGAGCCUAUCACGUCACGGGGAAAGGGGGCGUAGCUGAGUGUCUGAAAACUGCCUACUCCUGUUUCCUGCGCUCCUGUAAUAUUGGAGGAAAGAAAUCCAUAGAUGCCUGUCACAACGUAGGUCUGCUGGCUCACGAUGGACGAGCUAUGGGUGGAGAACCAGACGUGAAGGCAGCUCAGCAGUAUUAUGAGAAGGCCUGUGUGGGUGGAUUUGCCCCUUCAUGCUUCAACCUCAGUGCUUUGUAUAUCACAGGCAAUCCAGGUGGUGUGGCCUCAGAUAUGUCACUAGCACUAAAGUAUGCCAACAGAGCUUGUGAACUGGGACAUGUGUACGGAUGUGCCAAUGCAAGUCGCAUGUACAAGCUUGGUGAUGGCACAGAGAAGGAUGAAAAGAAGGCUGAGGAACUGAAAAACAGAGCCAAAGAUCUUCAUGGUUUGGCAAAGGAAAGGCAACUUAAAUUUGGAGAGUGAAUGUGAAACACUUCAACUUUGUCCUGAGAACAGCUCUAUGUAGUUUUAAACAUAUCAAACAUAAACACUGAAAUCAGCAAAUGUGUGGUUUGGGUUUAUGUGUGAUUCCUACAUUUUAAUUCUAGCAAUUAUAAAUUAAAUUCAGGUAUUCAAAGUGAAUUAUGAUCCAUUUCCAUUAGAAAUGAUCAUGCCUUCUAUUUU